UUUCAGAUUAAAAAUAUUGUGGAAAUUACAAUGUAGUGAAGUCCGUGGUUCAUAUUAUUUGAAGUUGGUAGUUAAAAUAACCUUAUCACUUCUGUUUAUGUGAGUGGAAUUGUGUUGAGUGAAAAAAUAUGCUUCGUGAAAUGCACUCCAUUUAGUGCUAAAGUUUGCUAUGUAGCAUACUUUAUGCUUCAAAACCUGAUCAACGUAUUAGUAAAUGUUUUAAAUAGUUCAUUAUUCGUACUAUACGUAUACGUUCAACAAAGAAUUUCAAUCGAAUACGCUAGGACGGAUCUAGAGCAAGCUAGCAAUAGGAUUCGCCCUGUUUCUGCAAAUAAUACUUAGAACCUGACUGAUGGUUCGGAACAAAUACUCAUUGAGUAAUGCUGGCAAGUCGCCGAGUAAAAAAUCGCGCUCCAAUAAACAGUACGACGCUAGUGAUAACGAGGGAGGUGAAGGAAGUUCUGGAGCAACUCUGAUAGGCAACGGACCGAGUGGAACCCAACGAUGUGACACCGUACACAAGCAAAACCUGCAUAUUAUUUCGUUUCCUGUCAUUUUUGUGUUCAAUAUUUUGCGUUCUUUGUUGUACCAGUUAUUUGUCGUUUUCCGGUAUAUUUAUAAUUUCACAACUAAAGUAGUUUACAAACCAGUAAAAAAGGAUUGCGGUCUGGAAAUAGUCGUUAACGAUCAAAAGCCGAAUCAGAAAGAAUUCAGCAUUACAAAUCAGCACCAGUUGCAUGAUAAGCAACACUACGAUUCGCAACAUCAGCCACUUCAAUAUCCAACUAGUCAUAUUCUAGUAAACAGUGUCGGUUCUGAAAUGUCUGCCCAAAGAUCAACUAGCGGAAGCCAAGUAGGGCCCGGUGAUCCACUUUUAGCUAAACAAAAACAUCACCAUCGAAGGGCAUUUGAAUACAUCUCGAAGGCCUUAAAAAUUGAUGAAGAAAAUGAAGGACAAAAAGAACUUGCUAUUGAUCUAUACCGGAAAGGCAUCCUUGAGCUGGAGCGAGGAAUUGCUGUGGAGUGUUGGGGCGGACGAGGAGAAGUCUGGGAACGCGCACAACGUCUGCAUGAUAAAAUGCAAACCAACCUCUCAAUGGCUCGCGAUAGACUACAUUUUCUAGAAUGCAUGAAAGAGGCUAGCAAACUAGAACUCGCAGAAGCACAUAGACUGCAACGUUCUAGCACUUUUACUAUAACUGUAGACCAUCAAAACACAAAUGCUCGUAUGGCAAAAUUUAAGAAUCCAGCUACAGUGUAUAAAUUUCAAAAGCAGUCAGCGAAUAUGAAUAUGCACGAGAACCAAACUUUACAGGACAACUCUACUCCUGCUGCGUUGAUGGUUGGUCGGAAUUCUGCCAUAGUAGAUAAUGCUUCCGGUCGAAAAUUAACAGUUGGCUCCAAACGCCCUGGUAACUUAGGUGUAAUGAAUAAAUCACAGACAUUACCUCGCAGCAUGGGAGGUACAAGAACUACUCCAACUGGUAACGGUGGCAAUAUUGGUGGUGGAGGGACCAUAGGCGGUAUGCCGAAAAUUGUGCCAAAACCUGCCGCUACACCACCUGCAAUUCGAAGACAAUUUUCGAUUCCAGGAAGCUCACCUAUACGAAAACCGAGUAAUGGCCAUGGUGGAAAGAAUACACCUCCCCGAUCUCGCACGCCUUUGGGAACUCCUUCUGGAAAUCAAACUAAUCAGCAACAAAUCAACGUAAAAGGUGUUGAGCAAAAGUUAGUCCAAAUAAUCAUGGACGAAAUAGUUGAAGGUGGUUCCAAAGUACAAUGGCAGGAUAUUGCUGGUCAAGAUGUUGCUAAGCAAGCGUUACAAGAGAUGGUCAUUUUACCUUCAGUCCGUCCAGAACUAUUUACAGGUCUUCGAACACCAGCCAAAGGAUUGUUAUUGUUUGGCCCUCCUGGGAAUGGAAAAACCCUUCUUGCAAGAGCCGUUGCAACUGAAUGUGCUGCUACGUUCUUCAGCAUAUCAGCAGCAACGUUAACCAGUAAAUACGUUGGUGAUGGCGAAAAACUUGUGCGUGCGUUGUUUACGGUUGCCAGAGAAAUGCAACCAUCAAUUAUUUUUAUCGACGAAGUAGAUUCCUUACUUUCUGAACGAAGUAGCGGGGAACAUGAAGCAACUCGACGAUUGAAAACUGAAUUCUUAGUUCAAUUUGACGGCCUUCCUGCAAAUUCAGAAACUGAUAAAAUUAUUGUAAUGGCAGCUACCAAUCGACCACAAGAGCUAGAUGAAGCAGCUUUACGUCGUUUUCCUAAGCGAGUUUAUGUCAUGUUACCUGAUAUGGAUACUCGAGAAUUACUCCUUCGUCGAUUACUACAAAAACAAGGAAGUCCUUUGGAAGACACAGAGCUAAAGCAACUCGCGGUACUUACUGAUGGAUAUUCAGGUUCAGAUUUAACAGCGCUUGCGAAAGAUGCGGCUCUUGAACCAAUCAGAGAGCUUAAUGUCGAAGAAGUGAAAAACAUGGAUCCAACUAAGCUGCGCAGCAUUCGCGUGAGCGAUUUCUACAAUUCGUUGAAACGAAUUCGUCGAUCGGUGGCACCAAGCAGUUUACUGGCGUACGAGAAAUGGUUACAGGAUUUUGGAGAUGUAACGUUGUAAUUGAAUUGUGUGGACCUGCCAAUAUUGUUUUUAAGUCUCUUCGAUUAGUUUUCUUGUAAAAGCACUAAAUAUCAGUUAUGUAGAAAAAAUAGUAGGUUAGAUAAAGCGGUCAAAAACUGAUUUUCACUGCAGUGAGGAUUGACGUAAAAUAUAUUGUAACAGUAUAGAUACCGCAAGCGCUGAAUUUAACAUUUAUCAAUAGCAUGAUUAUACUACGCUUCUAUUCGUUACUAUUAGAAAUACACAAGUAAUAUUAUUUAAUAAUAGGGAUUGCGUUUUCCAGUUACAGUUUUCUAAUGGAUAAUAAUGGAUCGAAUAGAAUGUUACGCGAAAUUCUCAGUUUAGUUAAAUGUUUCGAUUACUAAAUUUUUGUUCCUAGUAUACGUAACUUUAACGCAUCUUUUUUACGGUAAUAUAUCUUCCUCUGCGGAAACAAAGCACAGGAUUUAUUGGUACAUCUUAUGCAGCUUAUGAUUACUACACACGAACAAGUUGUUAGCAAGUUAUGAGAAACGGCAAACAAACGUCAUUAAAAAGGGAGUAUAGCUUUUUAUUCACUCACUAGUAUUAAAUAUUAACUAACAAUUAAUAUCUUUUUUAUGAUUUGUUACAUUUAUAAUCCUUUUUGUCCUACGGGUACACAGGUGAUCCACAUUUCGUUAGUGUGUUGUCAAGCAUAAUUAUACCAGCGAUACAAUACUACUUCGAAUACGAAAUAGGUACCAUAUUUCGACUAUCUCUUUGUUGACCAGCCUAGUUGGUCUCGAAGUACGACACUUGCCUAACAAACCUGUUGUCCAAUGUUCGAAUCUCGACUGGUAGACAGAGUCAAUAGAGAAUCGUUGCACUACACUGGCUACGAAGUCUGUCGACUAAAAAACGGAAAGUCAAGUAAGUUUAGAAAACAGGUAUAUAGCACUGAAGUUUUUGGAGCGUCUUAGUAGAAUACGAAACCUAAAAUUAAAAAAGAAAAAAACCUAUCCAAUUUAAUUCUACUAUGUAGAUUUUAUUCACGACAGAUACGUAUUUCGCCUACGACUUGCAGGCUUCCUCAGUGUCUGUUUUCAAACUCGAUCUACAUAGUAGAAUUAAAUUGGAUAAGUUUUCUUCUUCUUUAAUUUUAGGUGUAUAGCACCCUACGCUUUGCUUUUUUGUGUUACCCAUAUUAAAUUGCAUAAAAGUCACACAAUCAAAAUGAUACUGGUGAGUCGCAAAUCAUUCUCAGCGUAUAUCUACUUACGAUCUAAGUUUUAUGGUGCAGGUCAAUAGUGAAAUAAAAAGAAUAUCAUUAACCCGGAACUUAUUGAUGACGAGUUAUGCUCGGAAUUGGAAAAAGUUAUAAUAAGUGAUAGUAUUGAUUUUGAUCCAUCAGGGUAGUUGUUACUGGACCAUAACACAAGAUCUGAAUAUGCGACGUUUGCAAUACAACACAAAAACCGUAGUUAUCGAAUUAAACAGCUUUAUUUAAAUUUUAUUACCCAUAAACGAAGAUUGUCGAUCAACUAAUCAAAAUACAAAUUCGAAAUAGACACUGAUAAAGCCUGUAAGCUGGAGGCGAAGUACGUAUCUGAUAUAAUAAUAAAUGAAUAAUAGAAUGAGAAAAAUCUUUCUGAAAUUAAACACGAUUAUAAGCUGUUGUCAGAAUUGAUUCAUCAGUAUCAUCGCAGGAUAAAAUCGACGAAAGCUCAAAACCAAGCAAAAAUGUAAUACAAUAAAACAAGCUAAAGACAUAAAAACAAAAAAGGAAAGCCGAAAAUCCACAAUACAAUAUAUGUACAAAAAAGUACCAUAAAAUAUAAACUUGAAACUGAAAAAACAACAACUCAGUAUCAAAACUAAACUAUUUUCUCGUAAACCCUAGUCUCAUUAAUAGAGGAGAAUAUUACGCAUUAUCAAUUUAUCUUGGUAACCAAUUACACACGAUAAGUUUUAGGUCCCAAAUUAUCGUUAGCUCGCGAAACCGUAAUUCAUUUUGAUAUGAUACUAACCCAUAAAAAACGUGGGACAUCCGUGUGGGCUCCCUAUGAUGUCUAAAAGCCUUACUACAUAAAAACUACAUCUCUGCUGCAUGCAUUUCAUAGCAAUAUUGUUUCGACUACGAUAAAAACUUAAUUUAGUAUAC